GGUCUGGCUAUUUUCACAUUUAAUAAAAUGGCAACGCCGAGUAGUGGCACGUCCAGGCGUUUAGUCCAGUAUGUGAUCGUCCGAUCAGACCUGAUCCACACUUUAUCAUGGCCUUUAGGAGCGGUUAUAACUCAAGCCUGUCAUGCGGCCACUGCUGCCAUUCAUUUACACUACAGUGAUCCUGAUACUCAAGAAUACCUGGCAGAACUGGACAGCAUGCACAAAGUAGUGCUGCAGGCACCAGAUGAGGCUUCUCUCUCCACUCUUUCCAGCACUCUACGGGAUAAAGAUAUUGCACAUAAACUAUGGAUGGAGCAGCCAGAGAAUAUCCCCACAUGUCUGGCAUUGAAGCCCUACCCUAAAGAAACUGUGCAGCCCUUUCUAAAAAAGUUCAAGCUUUUCAAAUGAAUUCUUUAUGAAUUGUAUAAUAUAUAAACAAACUGUUCAGAAUGGAAUGUGGCUGAAUGAACCUGCUAGAACAGCCUUACCGUCAUAUCUUUGGUUUACAUCCACAUUUUGUGUCUUGUUGUGGCAAAAUGUUACUCACUGAAAGUUAGUUAUGUAAAUUCUGUAAUAUCUGAAAUGAAAACUGAAUGUCUUUAUUUUGCAUUUUGAUCAUUUUGGGUAAUAAAUGUCAUCGGUGUGUACAAUAUAAUCUGAAAAAAUACCAAAUGUUUUAAAAAUGUAUGACGACUCAUUUGAAGGGAAUUCUGAAAUAUGUAUAAUUUAACAAAUUAAUCGUUUAAACUAAGACUUAAGAUGUAUGUGCUGGUGUGCUAUAAUUCUGGACUGGUUUGUUAAGGUUUAUUUGUGCGGUGGGAGUUACAUCGUGACCAGUGAUGCUUGAUUCUCAAGAGAAUGACUCUCUUGAGCCGCUCUUUUUAGUGAAAAGUUACAUCGCGACCAUUUAAACUCAAAAAAACCUUACGAGUCGGUUCUUUUUAAUGAAUCAAAAAGUUGCUUUGUGACCAAUGAAGUUCGAUUUUUAAGUCAAUGACUCCUUUGAGCCAGCGAAUCAACAGGAUACAUCGCGUCCAGUGAAGCUUGAUUCUCGAGAGAAUGACUCUCAUUAAUUGGUUCUUUAAAUGAAUCAUAAG